AUGAAGUCGACAUAUCUGCUCAUCUUGGCUUUUCUCGUGGUCUGCAACUUGACUGUGUGUGGAGGACAGGGCAUCCCCGCGGAGGAUGAGGCGGACGGGAGGACCAUCGACGAGAUCAUCCUCCAGAGAGCAGAGAGCCUCCUGUUACGGUCCAUCCUCAAGAAGAUACAGGACGAGGACGGCAGGAACGAGGGAUCUUCCUCUCAGGCAGAAUGGGUGACAAAACGACAGCAUCCCGGCAAGAGAUACGGCGAGGACGUGGAGAAGAGACAGCACCCAGGGAGGAGAGAAGACCCAGGGAGGAGAGAAGAAGAUGAGGAUGAACAGUACCAGGAUGUCCAAAAGAGACAGCACCCAGGGAGGAGAGAAGAAGAUGAGGAUGAACAGUACCAGGAUGUCCAAAAGAGACAGCACCCAGGGAGGAGAGAAGAUGAGGGGAGAGAAGAAGAAACGCAUUCAUUCAUGGAGUUUCAGAAGAGACAGCAUCCAGGGAAGCGUUACCUGAUGGUGCACAGCAAGAGACAGCACCCAGGUAAGCGUGAUGGGGAUGAGGAUGAGGAUGAGGAUGAGGAUGGAGACUUGGAGAAGCGUCAGCACCCCGGGAAGCGUUUUUGGGAUUUCUCCAAUCCGGAUUUUGGCACAAACAGUCCAUGUGAUGUUUUGGACCCUACAAGCUGCAGCAAGACCAGUUUGCUGCGCGACUUUUUAGACAACAUGAACAAGAGCCAGGCCGAGGAGAAGAGACAACACCCGGGCAAAAGGUUUGCACCAGAGGAGGACUUAGUGGAGGAGAAGUAGGAACAGAGAGUCCCAAUGCUGUGUUGUAAACAAGUCAAUGUGUAAAAGAAGUGACCACAAUGAAUUAUUAAAAAAAAAGAAAAAAGAAUUUAUGACAU